AUGAAGGCGAUCGUGUAUAUAUUUCCGUUUUCAGUUUUGGAGAAGCAGAGGCGCAAUGAGAUACUGUGGUUCGAGACGUCGGUGGAGAAGGGCACGUUACGGGGCAUACGACUUGUCGUCUCUGUUGAGUUUGAGGUGCAGAGGAGGAACGACGAAAGACUGAAAUUUGGGAAGCAGCGAUGUGGCAGAGGCAGCGCUGUGGAGGAGCAAGCGUUGGAUGGAGGAGACGACGACGAUCGGCGUUGUUUGUCGUCGUCGGUUGCCUGA